CCUAUUUCACGUUACAAAUGUACAAGAACCAGCAUCCAAAACUAGACUCCUCUACAACGAAGACCUUGACCUUCGUCAGAUGACCUACAACGCCCGCCUAGCUCCGUCUAAGCGGAUCCUUGGACGAAACUCAGAAGGGGUUUAAUGUCCACGCUAUUAUACUUAUUAUAAUCCAUUCUUCCGUGUCUCAACACCGUCAGAGGGGAUUCGUUUCUGGAAUUGAUGUCAGGAACCAGACGGAUGUGGCUUGUAUUCGUUCAACCUCCAAAGAGCCUCUUCAAACUGUACAGAUGUUCUCAUGGCUGAAAAAUGUUUAAAGAAGAUAGCAGUCCGAUUUCGUAACAAGGUAAAAGGAGGAGACAAGCGUGGAUACGAAAGUUGCCGGCCGCAUGGCUGACAUCAUGGCUUCCCGACUAGAUCUAGGCGAAAGUGGUGCUAGUUAAUGCGUCGUCCGGGGUGACCGUCCAGGAAUAACUCAGGACACGGCUGUCGGGUGGAUGUUCAUCAGUUCAAGGUUAGAAGCCGUCGCCAUCGCAGCGGACCGAAAUACAUCCCUCCGUUGAUGUAUAAAUACGCGGCCGUAGCUGUUGGUCCGAGGAGGGAGAAGCCACGAUGAAUCGUCGAUGCAUCCCGGUAACCUUGCUCUAAGCACCGGGUCGACGUGCUGAUUUAAAUAAUUGCGCUGGACAGCCACGCAAAAUCAGGGCCGCAUGCGGGGACGCUUCUAGAAUUUUCUUUGGGCACUGGUACAAGGUGGUACUUCAGGUAUUUGAUUAUUGAAUCUUCUUUAGGGACUCUUGCAAUUUUUUUCAGAGGCUGUCGUUUCUUUGGAGGCUGUAGCUAACAUUCGGAAGGGAGAUUUACAUUUGGAAGGUCUAGAAUUUUCUUUAGGAUAUUUGGACCUAGCUGGAUGGGUUGGAGUCUUUGGGACGUUUGGACUUUUCUGGAAGGCUGGGUAUAGAAGCUACUUUGAGACAUUUGGAAGGCUGGGUCUAGAAUUUUCUUUAGGACCUUUGAACUUUUGUGGAUGGGUUGGAAGCUUCUUUGGGACAUUUAGACUUUUCUGGAAGGCUAGGUAUAGAAGCUUCUUUGGGACAUUUGGACUUUUCUGGAAGGCUGGGUAUAGAAGCUUCUUUGUAGGCUUUUCUGGAUGAGUCUAGAAGCUACUUUGGGACACUUGGACUCUUCUGGAAGGGUAGGCCUAGAAGCUUAUUCAUGGCAUUUGGACUUUUCUGGAAGGCUGAGAUUAGAAGCUUAUUUAUGGGAUUUGGUCUUUUUUUUGAAGACUAGGUCCAGAACUUUGUUAAGGACCAUAUUUGGAAUUUUUUGUUGCAGGUUGCUUCUAGAACUUUCUUUAGGACCACAUUUGGAUUUUUCUGGAAGGGUAGAUCCACAUCUUCCUUUAGGAUCACAUUUGGAUUUUUCUGGAAGGCUAGAUCCACAUCUUUCUUUAGGAUCACAUUUGGACUUUCCUUAGAGGUUGCAUUUAGAACUCUCUUCAGAACCACAUCUAAACUUCUCUGGAAGGUUAGAUCCAGUUAGGACCAAAUUUGGACUUUUCUGGAAGCUGCACUUGGGUUAUGAAGGCUGAGCAUCGACUUUUCUGGACUAUCAGAGUUAAGUCGCCCUAAAGGGCUGAAUGUAGAGAAUCUACUUACUGGAAAACAUCUAUAGGUCCUAGUCUAAUAAAGCAUCCAGAAAAUUUAGUUAUAGAGUCAAUCUAAGAAGCGUAAUUCAUAAAAAACAGUAAGUCCUAAGCUAACAAGGGUAUACCUGAAGGCUGAGCAUCGACUUUUCUGGAUUAUCAGAGUUAAGUCGCUCUAAAGGGCUGAAUGUAGAGAACCUACUUACUGGAAAACAUCUAUAGGUCCUAGUCUAAUAAAUCAUCCAGAAAAUUUAGUUAUAGAGUCAAUCUAAAAAGCGUAAUUCACAAGAAACUGUAAGUCCUAAGCUAACGAGGGUAUACCUGAAGGCUGAGUAUCGACUUUUCUGGACUAUCAGAGUUAAGUCGCUCUAAAGGGCUGAAUCUAGAGAACCUACUUACUGGAAAACAUAUAUAGGUCCUAGUCUAAUAAAUCAUCCAGAAAAUUUAGUUAUAGAGUCAACCUAGGAAGCGUAGUUCACAAAAAUCUAUAAGUCCUAAGCUAAGGGACCACCUCAGUUCAAGAUGACACCUGGAGGACCCAAUUUCAGAAGAGAACUCAGAGUACCUAGAGAACCUAGAGAACCUAGAGAAUCUAGAGGACUUAGAGAACUUAAAGAACCUCGAGGACUUAGAGAACUUAGAGAACCUAGAGUACCUAAAGAUCCUACAGUACCUAGAGAAUUUAAAACACCUAGAGGACCUACAGAACCUAGAGGACCUAGAGAACCUAGAGGACCUAGAGAACCUAGAGAACCUAGAAGCCUUAGAGAACCUAGAGAACCUAGAGGCCCUAGGGACCUUAGAGAACUUAGAGAACUUAGAGAACUUAGAGAACUUAGAGAACUUAGAGAACCUAGAUUACCUAGAGAACCUCGAAAACCUAGAGUAAUUAAUUUCAGAAGAACCUAACCUGACCUAGAGGACCUAAAGUACUUAAAGAACCCAGAAAACCUAGAAAACCUAGAGAAGCUAAAGUCUCUAAAGAACCUAGAGAAUCUAAAAAAUCUAGAAAACUUAGAGGACCUAGUUUGAUAGAAUAUCCCCCGACGUAUCAAAGAAUAUAACCUAACCUAACUCCAUCCGCUCUGUUUACCACCGGCUAUUUGCUCCUCUGCAAGAACUAAAAUGGCGUCCGUGUGCACAGCUAAUCACCGCAGAUAGAACUGUUACACCGUUGUAGAAGAAAGGCAUCGAGUUACUGAACCGCCACAAUAACAUUCUAUCAGUCCAGAUUUACUCGGGCCGAGAUAACAAGCCGCAAAUACUCUCGAGGAGCCGAGAUGAUCGACCACAAACACGGGUCAAAAAGGAACGUUCAAACGGAUCGUGCGCUGCUCAAUGACAAGUGACCGAUACCUCUUUUUUCCCUCUCUCGACCGAGGAAUUUUCAUGAAAGCGAUCCACCGUCUCUUUCUGGGCUUCGGCGAAACGAUAAACUCGCGCACAAUGGAUGCGUUGACCUUUACGAUGGAUACACCCUGUCGCAUGUCGAUGACACUGUGUUCUAUAAAGAUACUUAGAGGAGGUAGGGCCUUUUAGACUGCGCCGGGAGACGUUGAACCCGAGGACUGUUUCAACUAUGCGUUUGGAGGAAUUAGUUCUUCUUGGGAAAUCGCAGGAUAUGCGUGGACUUAGGAAUGGUCGGAGUUCAAAGCUUGAAUUUUAAUGAAUUUUAGUGGCGGAGAGGAGGUACGCCAUUUUGGAUAGGAAGGACUCGCCUGAUUGGUUGAUGUAUGGCGAAUCAGGGACGUAGGAAUUGGCGGGCGAUUUGAAAUAUAAUUUGUUAUACUUGGCGUUUUUGUUAGAUGUUGUUUUUGUUUGUCAGUGUAAAGAUAGUUUCGCUGAAUUGAAAGUCUUUUUUAGGUAUAAUAGAUAGGUGCAUUUGUAUAUAUGCAUU